AUGUGGCAACCGAGAAUUUUAUCCGAAAAUUUUAUCUAAAAAAUUUAUUCGAAUUAUAAUAUAUGAAUUUUAUAAUAAAUAUUGACAUGUGGGAACUCAAAAUAUUAUCCGAAAAUCUUCUCCAAAUUAAUUGUUUAGGUAAAAUAAAAAAAAAUAAAAAAUAAAAAAAUAAAAGUAAAUAGUAUUUUUUCUUUGCCAGAGCAAUGGCUGGAAACACACAUUUUACAGGGCUGAUUAUUCACAUGAAUAGUAACAGCCCUCGCCUCCACAUGCCCUUUGCCAUGGCAAAUGGAUGAAAGUUCUAUUAGCGCAAAUUCCCCAGUUAGGCCUAAGACCAUGUGGUUUACCCAUCGAUGAUUGGGUAGCGGCGGGACAUGAGGAGGAGCAGAACCAUUGCUUCGGGACAGAAUGAUACGGUUACAGUGGCAACUGUGGCAUCCUCUACACCUUGCACCAAAAAAACCCAUUGGAAAUUUUAGCAGACCACUAAUUUCCUUUCUGUCUCCUCAUACUCUUCUCAGUUGCACCAAUUCCAAAUCCAGCUUAAGCUCCAAAGUUUCUUUCAAGUGCUUUUGUCACAAAACUGAAAACACCCAUGAAGCCUCUUCUCAGGGAUUCUCGGUUUUGGCAGCAGAUGCUCCAUGGGACCACGGAAGUUUAUGGAGCACUAUGGCUUUCUAUAUGUUCAGUUUGCACAUUCCUCUGAGUUUUGGAGGGUUGUCUGUGGUUGCUCAUGUAUUGCAUGAACCUAUUCUUGAUCCACAGAUAGAGGCAAUAUCAUUGCUUGGAGCUCAAAUUUUAGAGCUCAUUGCAGCUCUAGUUCUUCUGCAGAGCACUGCUAAGCCACAAUAUAAGUUUGUGGAUUUCUUUAAAGCUAACGAAGUAUCAAAAGAGAGGAGCUGGCUGUUGGCAUCAGCUGUAGGAUUUGGGUUUCUAUUCAUGUUGGUUUUCCUUACUUCCUUCCUUGCUGAUAGUGUUGUUGGGCCCAAGGCUAUAAACAACCCUGUACUCAAAGAAAUCCUAGUAAGCAGCAACAUCUCAAAAGCUGCUUGUGUCCUUGUAUAUUGCAUUGUCACUCCUGUGCUGGAAGAAACUGUUUACAGGGGAUUUUUAUUGGCGUCGAUUUUGUCCACUAUGAAAUGGCAGUCAGCAGUUUUGAUAAGCUCAGCUAUUUUUAGUGCAGCUCACUUGUCUGGUGAGAAUUCCUUACAGUUGUUCAUCAUUGGAUGUGUGCUUGGAUGCUCUUACUGUUGGACUGGAAACUUGAGAUCUCCCAUUUUAAUACAUUCCCUGUACAACGCCAUGACUCUAAUGAUAACAUUCUUAUCUUGAAUUUCACAUUUAAAUUUCCUCACAGUUCUAUCCUGUUUCUUGAAAGUGGAACCUACUUUUGUUUCUCAGGAGUUAGGUAAUUGAUACUAUGGCUUUGAAUUAACAGUGCUCACUUGAUUUUCUGAUCAAUGUUAUUAAAUCACACGAUUGGUUUGA